AUGGAAGGUUUGAGUCCCCUGGAAUCGAUUGACUCCAAUGCUGAUCUAUUUUCUAAUGUUGCAUUAAAAUUGACCGCUACACCUGCUGUGACAGGUUAUGACUGUAACAGCACCGUCUCUACAGGCAUCAAGAGGCGAAGCAUAACAUCUAAAAUCCCAGCAUGGUUCCAAAAAUGGGACAAUUCUGAUUUUAAUAAGCAAAGUACAAACUCAGGCAGCAGAUCUCAUAAAUUCAGAUUUUGGCUUAACGAGAAAGACGAUCUAGAUCCAUCUGAGGACCAAUUGUUUAGCUCACCUGAAGAUAUUAGUAUUAACACUCAGGCUUCGAUUUAUAACGAUCGGAUUUCUUUAGACUUGUUUCCGGAUGAUGAACAUGAUGAAAAUGUCGAAGAAAUUGGCAAAACAUCUAGUUCACAGGCGUCCAUCUAUGAAUUUGAUUAUAAAGAACUUGAAUUUUUAAAUGUUCCCUCUACCGAUGCCACUUUCACUUCUCAGGUUUCUAUUUAUCAACUCGGUGGUGCCGCUGACGCUGAACCCAGCAUUCGUAAAGCAAACCUUGGUCAUAGUUCCAUUCUCCAUGCACCAAUCUACGGUUUCGAUGAGCCGGAUCUCAUUUUCGAGACUCCUAGAGAAGAUGACCAUUUGUUGAAAGAAUGUAAACACACCGUUGGCUCAGAUAUAACUUUAAACACGCGAACCGCUCUAUAUGAAUUAAGUGAUGAAAAGUAUUAUUUGGAGUCCCUGCAAGAUGUGCUCAUGUUCGGUAAGGGAAUGAACGAUGUUGUCAAUGCUCCUGUUGGCAAUCCUUCGUCGAUCUACGGCACGAGAAUGGGACACAAUUCUGGCACCGCUUUCGAGGUCUUCUUGGAAUCUUGCUUAGACACAGAUUCUUCUUGGGAAGCAUAUGAAGCUGAAUAUAAUAAAACUAGUGAUGCGAAGUUCGGUUCCUCUGUUGCCAAACGAAAAUCUCGACUAAGGACGUUACUUCAUUAUCUCAAGAAUAAGUUUUCCAACAAACGAAUCGUCUCUGAGAUGCAAUUGCUGAAAACUCUUUGGCAUUCAAUCCUCAUAAGUCGAAAAAAUGCUUAUGAGUAUUAUCAUUACUGUUGA